AAUAAACAUACUAUUUUCAUAAUGGAUCGCUGGUUAAAUAGAGUUGCCGUCGUUACUGGAGCCAGUUCUGGUAUCGGAUCUGCCUGCUGCAAGGAUUUGGUUGCCAAGGGCAUGGUCGUUGUUGGACUGGGCCGCCGCGAGGAACGACUUCAGGAGCUUAAGACAUCGCUGCCAAAAGACCAGCAAUCCCGUUUCCAUGGUCGAAAGUGUGACGUUAGCGUUGAACAGCAGGUCGUUGAUGUAUUCGCCUGGAUCGACAAGACUCUUGGAGGGGCCGACGUAUUGGUCAACAAUGCUGGGAUCGUUGGUCAAUUACAAAUCACAGAUCCCGACAAUUCUUCCGAUAUUCGCGCUGUCUUGGACACCAAUGUCCUCGGAGUGUCGUGGUGCACCCGCGAGGCAUUCCUUUCGCUGCAGAGACGCAAUGUCAACGAUGGCCAUGUGGUAAUCAUCAACAGCAUUGUUGGUCAUAAAAUUCCUACGGUACCGGGCUUUAACUUUAAGAUGUAUGCGCCUUCUAAGCAUGCUGUCACCGCACUCACGGAGGUACUGCGACAGGAGUUUCAGCAAAAGAAAACUGAAACGAAGAUAACUAGCAUUAGCCCCGGUGCUGUGGACACGGAGAUCAUUGAUGAGAAAAUCAAGGAGGCAAUGCCAGACUUCCCCAUGCUGCGAGCUGAGGACGUUGCGGAUGCGGUAACCUAUUGCAUCCAGACACCUCCCAACGUGCAGAUACAUGAGCUAACAAUCAAGCCCGUUGGUGAAAAGUUUUGAAUUGAUUCUAGUCAUGCAGGAAGAUAGAUAUGAUGGCUGCGGCAAACUUACGAAGAAAUAAGGCUUUGUGGAUGGUAAAACCUCAUAGAUACAAAGAUCCAAUGCCGCUUAUAUGGAAUGGAUACAAAAAUAAGAUUUCCGCGUGUGGAAUAUAAACAUUCGAA